GAUUGUUUCCAUGCAGUGUCUCCCUUGCAUGUAGUCUGUCCAUUAUGUGACGUGUUUGUUAUGAGAACACAUCAUAGAUUUUAUCAGUCUACCACUUCCAAUAUUAUUAACACUGUGGGAGGUGACAGUUAUGGAAUAUAUAAACCAGUUCCAGAAUGGCUGUAGAAUUAGCAAAUAAGAAGAUCGACAGUGGUAUAGUUCUUCUCCAGAGAAUUUCCAAGUUAAAUGACAGAUCGAUUAACGGAGCAUCAAAGCUGAGGAGACGCGUCCAGGCAGAAAUAAAGUGUCUGACAAAGAAACUUGAAGAUAAGAAUGAACUAAAGGAAGAGCAUAUACAGUGUUCGAACUUGGGCCAGCUAGAAGCACUUGCUGAUGUUGCUACAGAAAUUCCUAAUGUAACUGGAGUACUUACAACUUUUUCUUUCGGAGGAGUUGAAAAAAUUGUGGUAGAUGUGGUGGCAGAUGAGGGAAGGAAAUGGGUAAAGGUUAUAAUGAGAAACCCCAAAGCCCUUCACUUAGCCUUCGUCACGCGAGGAAGAGGAGCUUCCAAACCUUUAGAUGAAGUUGGCGAAGAUUUCUUGAUGUGUGCAGAACAAAACCAGGUCUUUUAUUCUUCUCCAAAGGUAGAAUUUUGGUUCCGCAGUGGUGUGAGCGAAGGGCUUACUAAGUGCCUAGAGGAUUCAGGUGUAUUAGUCAAAGGGACACGCAUCCCGGACGAUGAACUGGGACUCCCGGAUUACUCUGUGCCAGACACAGACACAGACACAGAUUCUGAAGACUAUAGUACUGACGACUACAGCGAGGAAAGUGAGGAUGACUCCUGCAGUGAUAUAAACUUUUCUGACAGUAGAACCAUUGAAAACGCAUUGGACUUGAAAGAAUACUCAUCACCUACACGGGACAUUAGCAAGGGUAGUGAUGAGUCCUCGGCUUCACACGACACCAACUGCCAUUGUGAAAAUAAUGGUAUUAGGAAAAGUAAUAAAGAAAUUGAGACUGUCAACUUAGAUGUGACAGCUAUGAUAGCCUAUGUAUCAGCCACAUCAAAUGGACAUGCAAACUUACGGUUUCAGGACAAAUUUCUUAGUGAGCAAGCUGAGUGGGAAAGGAAGAACCCAGUUAAGGAAGUCCUCAAUAGAUAUUUUGAAGGACGAGAAAUGAUGGCAUGUCAAGAAGCCGUCGACCAUUUUACGGAAAUUGUCAAGAUAAUAGGAGGCGACGGAGAGAAGAUUCGCGCAAAAGAACUGGUGUCUCGCCUUACGAUCGUUCCCGGACAAGAUACAUUUCAAGAAAAAGUGAAGCUUGGGGGGAAAGUGCGACUGCUCUCUAGAAUAAUCUUUGGCACAAGUGAGGCCCACAGAGCGGUGACUGUAACAUCUAACAGACACUUUGUUAGAUCAGUCGAGAAUCAGGGCAUCCGUCCAGCUGUGUUCUUCCAUGAGCCUCGUGCAUUGACAGAACAAAAACAAGAUACUGCUGUUCCUCUAUAACAUUAGAUUAUAUCUUAAUGUUAUUGCAAUUAUGUUUUUAUUAAAUCUCUACAAAUUUAAA